CAUCCAGCUAACGGACCGCUGGUGAGGCACAAACUUGGUUCUCUUCUCUGGUGUUCCUUCAGACCUACUGCGCUAUUUAACUUCCAUUACAGCAUGUUUGAACACUAAUGCUCUCAUUUCACUAGCAGCGGAAUCUGAAGUUCACGCGCAGCCGUCCGUUUGUUCCACCGCGUGCUGAUGUUGAUAUGGACCUGUAGCCUUUAGGUGCGUCUAUACACCGAUCACUACGACCGCAUCACCCUUAUUAAACUGCGUUAAAUAUAAAAACCAGAGAAAUGCAAAGUGAAAAGUCGGAGCCGACCGAAGCCAAGGGCGCAGAGGGUCCGGACAGAAGCGGCGCUGAGGAGAAUGCGUUAAGUAACCUGAGAGCCGCAGAAGCCUCCAAACCCAAAGGAAUCAGCGCCGUGGCUGUGCUGUGGACCUUCGGGAAAUGUCUCAGCGCUUUGCUCCCCGUCUAUCUGGCCGGCUACUAUCGGGUCAGCACCAGCCUGCUCGUGUGCGGCAUGAUGGUCUACACGGGAUGGAAACAUGCCCGAGAGGCGAAGGAGGAGCGCCUCAAGUCGGCCAUACAGCUGCUGGACAACGAGGAGGAGCACACAUGGAAGAGAGCGUCCACGAUCAAGAGAGACCUCCCUGCGUGGGUAAACUUUCCAGACGUGGAGAAGGUUGAAUGGCUGAAUAAGGUGCUGCAGCAGGUGUGGCCCUUUGUCGGCCAGUACCUGGAGAAGCUGCUGAUAGAAACGAUCGCUCCCUCUAUCAGAGCCUCAAGCGCUCACCUCCAGACCCUCAACUUCACCAAAGUGGACAUGGGAGACAAGCCCAUGAAGGUGGUGGGCAUCAAGGCGCACACAGAGAAUGACAAAGGUCAAGUUCUGCUUGACCUCUACAUCAGUUAUGUAGGAAAUGUGGAGAUCAAUGUUGAGGUGAAAAGAUAUUUCUGCAAAGCGGGAGUGAAAGGAAUACAGCUACAUGGGAUGAUGCGAGUGAUUCUGGAGCCACUGAUUGGAGAUGUCCCCAUAGUGGGCGCCGUCACCAUGUUUUUCAUCCGUCGACCUAAACUAGACAUCAACUGGACUGGACUGACCAAUUUAUUGGACAUUCCUGGACUCAAUGUUAUGUCAGACAGCAUGAUCAUGGACGCCAUAGCUUCGUUCUUGGUGCUGCCAAACCGUCUAGUUGUCCCUCUGGUCCCUGGUUUGCACGUGGCUCAGCUGCGCUGUCCCCUACCCAGGGGAGUGGUGCGCAUCCAUCUGCUGGAGGCGCAGAAUCUUGCAGCCAAAGACAACUAUGUGAAAGGUGUCAUGGCUGGCUUAUCUGACCCAUAUGCCAUAUUAAGGGUGGGUCCUCAGACCUUUACCUCCAAACACAUCGAUAACACCGACUCUCCUAAGUGGGGAGAGAUGUAUGAGGUUAUUGUCCAUGAAGUGCCGGGUCAGGAGCUGGAGGUGGAGGUUUAUGACAAAGACACAGACAAGGAUGAUUUCUUGGGAAGGACUAAAUUAGAUUUGGGCAUUGUGAAGAGAUCCAUCGCUGUUGAUGAUUGGUUCACACUGAAAGAGACGACAUCUGGACGUGUUCAUUUCAAACUGGAGUGGUUGGCCUUGCAGCCAAACACUGAACAACUUGAGCAGGUCCUGAAAAGGAAUGAAAGCGUCACCAGCAAGAACUCGCACCCCCCCUCCUCAGCUAUCUUGGUUGUGUAUCUUGACAAAGCUGAGGCACUUCCCAUGAAGAAGGGAAAUAAGGAGCCCAAUCCCAUGGUGCAGGUAUCCGUGCAGGGAACCACUAAAGACAGCAAGAUUUGUUACACAACUAUCAACCCAGAAUGGGAGGAAGCUUUUACCUUUUUCAUCCAAGAUCCUCGCACGCAAGAAAUAAACAUUCAGGUGAAGGAUGCUGACCGCGUGCAGACUCUGGGCAAAGUGACCAUCCCUCUCUCCCAUGUCCUGAAGACAUCCCAUCUUUCUCUAGACCAGUGGUUCCAGUUGGAAGACUCUGGAACUGCUAGUCGCAUCUAUAUCAAUUCAGUUCUCAGGGUCUUGUGGUUGGAUGAGGAUCGUAUUUCAGCUGAAGUCUCUUCUAAUUUGGCUGCUGGAGUUUCUAAACAGUUGCCCAUGCAGGCCUCCCCUCAUCCCAGCUUUGCUACAGAGGGGCUGCUUAGAAUCCACCUCCUGGCGGGUCAGAAUCUCAUUCCGAAAGACAACCUGAUGGGUGGAAUGGUGAAAGGAAAGAGUGACCCGUAUGUCAAGAUUAACAUUGGGGGUGAAACAUUCACAAGUCAAGUUAUAAAGGGAAAUCUGAAUCCAACCUGGAAUGAGAUGUAUGAGGUUAUUCUGACAGAGCUCGCUGGUCAGGAGCUGCAUGUGGAGAUGUUUGACAAAGACAUGGACAUGAAAGAUGACUUCAUGGGAAGGCUGAAGAUAAGUCUGAAGGAUAUCAUCGACUCUCAGUACACAGACCAGUGGUACACGCUGAACGAUGUGAAGUCUGGUAGAGUUCACAUGGUCCUGGAAUGGGUUCCAACAUCUUCAGAACCAGACGGGCUAGACCAGGUCCUUCAGUUCCACUCUAGACAGUCCUAUCAAAACAAGGCAGUGCCCUCAGCAGGGCUCCUGUUUGUGUAUGUCGAACAAGCAGAUGGCCUACCAGUAAAGAAGAGUGGAAAGGAUCCAAAAGUAGGAGUGGAGUUAAGUCUUCGUGAAAUGUCACGCAAAACUACAGUAUGCGAUCGUACAACCUCUCCUAAAUGGAACGAGGCAUUCUACUUCCCUGUUCGUGAUCCAAGACAGGAUAUUCUCAUUCUCAAGCUUUCCCACAGCUGGACACUGCCUAUUGGUUCUCUGAUUGUUCCUAUCAGAGAGCUGCUGUCUGAACCAGAUCUUGUCCUGGAUCAGUGGUUCCAUUUGGAUGGAGCCUCGCCUGAGAGUCAAAUCCUUUUAAGGACUGAACUUAAGGUGUUGGUUCCUACCAAAUGCCCCGUUCCUACUGAAAAGGCUAAGAUGUCUGAAGUGUUAGACCCUGCUCCAGCCAAGCCCCUACCAGAAACAGACACAAUCCUCAAGUCAGCCUCUGUGGAAACUCCUCCUGUGGAAACCAUUGUGCCCACAUUGCCUUUGGAUGAGGAGGUUCAUAAAGUAAAGGAAACUGCAUUGGAGGAAGAUCAAGAGGAAGAAUUAGAGAGCCCAACUGUAUCACUACCUCCUCACUCAUCCCCAGACCUCACCUUUGCCAGUGAGGGACUACUUAGACUCAUCCUUUUGGAGGCUCAGAGUCUGGUUGCCAAAGAUACCAUAAUGGGUGGUCUGAAGAAAGGCAAAAGUGACCCCUACGCAAAGAUCAGCAUAGGUCAGGCCACGUUUAAGAGCGCUGUGGUAAAGGAAAACCUCAACCCAGUCUGGAAUGAGAUGUAUGAGGUGGUUCUGAGACCUCAGCCAGGGCAGGUGGUUCAGGUGGAACUGUUUGACAAAGAUAUGGACAACGAUGACUUCUUGGGCCGCUUAAAGAUCAAUCUCUCAGACAUCAUCCGUUCUCAACUCAUAGAUCAGUGGUACAGCCUGAAUGAUGUAAAGUCCGGUCGCCUUCGUCUUAUACUGGAGUGGGUGCCAACCGUGUCCAGUAAUGACAGGCUGGAACAGGUGAUGCAGCUGCAGUCUCUCCAGCCCUACCAAAACAAGACUGUUCCCUCUGCAGCCCUGCUCUUUGUUUACAUGGACAGAGCUCACUUAUUGCCUUUUAAGAAGAGUGGUAAGGAACCAAAAGCUGGAGCUGAACUUGUAUUUGGGAGCACAACUCACAGAACCAAGGUUUGUGAUCGCUCCAGAUCUCCACAAUGGAGUGAAGCGUUCCACUUCCAAGUCCAUGACCCAAAUGAAGAGAUGCUCAUAGUGAAGUUAUCCAGUGCAUGGGAUCAGCCGAUGGGAUCCCUGGUGCUCCCUGUGAGGCAGCUCCUCUCUGAGCCUCAGCUGCUCCUGGACCAGUGGAUGCCUCUGGAUGGAGCCUUACCUGAAAGCAAGAUCCUCCUCAGAGCAGAGCUGAAGAUUCUUGACACACGGCUGACAGAAGUUCCACAGACAUCUGCAGCUGUUUCAGAAGAAGAAAGUAAAACUGCUGCUGCUGAAAAGAUGCUGGAAACAGCUGAAGAGGAGGAAAAAAGACAAAACUUGGCAACAGAUGAGUGAGUUAUCCAUACAUUAUGUGCCUUAAAUAAUGAACAAUUUAAACUUUAUACUGUAGUGAAAAUUAGACAUCUUGUUAAAUAUUAUAUUCCAAUAGUUUUACUGAUGACUGACUUUUAUGUUCACUGUGUUUUCAGUUCCCCUGUUGUGUCGGUCCAUCCUGCACACCCUGAAGCCAAGCAUGAUACAUCCCAUUCUCCUGCUAGGGUGGAGGAGCCAGCACCUGCACAAGAGGCUCCAACUGAAUCACUCAUUAAGGUUGAAAGAGACAUGAAGCCACAGCCAGAGACAGGUUUAGGAGGUCUUGCAAAGGCUACAGUGACAGGUAUACCCACUGAUCCAGCACCCUCGGUAGAGGUCGUAGACGUUCCCAAAGUGGGUCCAAAACUUCCUCCACAUACGGUGCCGAGUCAAGACUUUGGUAAAGAGGGGGUGCUGAGGAUCCACCUGCUGGAAGCCAAGAACCUUAUAGCAAAAGACAACCUGAUGGGGGGCAUGGUGAAGGGCAAGAGUGAUCCUUAUGUUAAAAUCAACAUCGGAGAGAAUUCUUUUAAAAGUCAGGUCAUCAAAGAGAACCUAAACCCAACAUGGAAUGAGAUGUAUGAGGUAGUUGUGAAUGGGCGCAGCAAUCAGGACAUCAAGUUUGAAGCAUUUGAUAAGGACAUAGAUUCAGAUGACUUCUUAGGACGAUUCACUGUUCAGCUAAAUGAGGUCAUCAGAUCACAGUACACAGAUCAGUGGUUCACUCUGAAGGAUGUGAAAUCUGGACAAAUUCAUUUGAUUCUAGAAUGGGUUCCUACUGUGUCAAACUCAGCAAGAGUAGAACAGGUGCUGCAGCUUCAAACUCUGCAGUCAUAUCAGAACAAAGCUGUUCCCUCAGCCGCUCUGCUCUCUGUCUACUUGGAGGGAGCACAUUCACUACCACUUAAGAAGAGUGGAAAAGAACCUAAAGCAGGUGUUGAGCUUGUUCUGGGUGAAACAACCUACAAAACUAAACUGUGUGACCGGAGUACAGAUCCUCAGUGGAAUGAGUCUUUCUACUUCCUGGUCCAUGAUCCUAAACGUCAGAUGCUUGUGGCAAAGCUGUCUAGUGGCUGGGAUGAGCCAAUUGGAGCUCUGGUGAUCACACUUAAGAAUCUUCUGGCUGCACCACAGCUGGUCCUGGAUCAGUGGUUUCCUUUAGAUGGAGCCUUACCUGAAAGUCAGAUCCUGCUGAGGGCUGAACUUAAGAUCCUGAACUCCAAGAUGGUGGACAUGAUUGAUUCAGGGACUCUGCCCUGUACUGCUCCUGCACCUGGAAAUGGUCAGGUGAAGUUGUCCCUGUCUUACAGCUCAAAGGAGAGAAAACUGGUGGUGAUUGUCCAUGCCUGCAGAGGUCUGGUUUCUCCAAGUAAGGACUCUGUUGACAGCUAUGUCUCCAUCAUGCUGCUGCCAGACAAAAGUAAAGCUACCAAGAAAAAGACAGCAGUGAGGAAAAAAGACCUCAACCCAGAGUACAAUGAAAGGUUUGAGUAUGAUCUGCGUGAGGAUGAGGCCAGAUUCAGGCGCCUCAGUGUGUCAGUAAAAAAUAACUCCGCCUCUUUCAGGAGCCCGGAUGUUAUUGGACAGGUGCUGAUUGAGUUGGCCCAGAUUGACCUGACUUCUGGAGUCACUGACUGGUUUACUUUGACUGAUGAUGCUGAAUAGCUGCCCUGCUCGCUCACUUGGAGAGUUUAAUGACUCCACUCUGCUGUCACACUCACAGAUGCCUUCUGUUUCCCACCUUUGCACAACUGCUGUAGUUUUACCUGCAACCACGCAGCUCAUUGUGUAUUGCCAUGAAGUAUAAAGUGGAUUAUACUGCACACGCACCAAAGAUAAUAGAAAGAAGCAGUUAAGUAGAGAGAAAAAAAUGG